AGACCCAGCUGCAUUCACUGAGCUAACAUCUUACUCAUACCUUCAUUCCUCAGAAUUGAAUUGCGGGCGAAGAAGGUUCAAUAGUCUACCUGUUGCUGUCCUCUUCCUCCCAGCUCAGCUCCCUAUAACUGCUGUCAUUGGGCAAGAGAUACGGAUUGUUUAGUUUAUUUUUAUUAUUUCACCACCUGCGAGUCCAUAUGUUAGCGACUUCAACUGACGGGGGAUAUGGAAGAAGCACUCAACAGCACUAUACAUCCGACCUGUUUACAAGAACCUCCGCUGGCUGUCGAUAUCAUAAAGCAGCUGGAUGUCUUUGGGAUGGCUCUGUACUCCAUGCUGACCCUCAUGUCUACAAUGUCCCUGCUACUAUACCUGGAGGAGUGUGUGUUUAUCUAUAGAAAAGUCCCAUCUCCCAAGAAGACAACUAUUAUGUGGGUAAAUGGAGCUGCACCGGUCAUUGCUACCAUGGCUUGUUUUGGUAUGUGGAUCCCAAGGGCAACCAUGUUUACAGAUAUGACCUCUAAUUCGUACUUUGCAGUGGUGGUGUAUAAGGUCUUAAUUCUGCUGAUAGAGGAGAGUGGGGGUAGCGAGACCUUUCUGAAGCGCAAUUACAAGAAAACCUUCAAGAUAAGUACAGGACCAUGCUGCUGCUGCUGUCCUUGCCUGCCCCGCGUUCUGGUCACACGGCGUAUGUUAUUCCUGCUGAAGCUGGGGGCUCUUCAGUAUGCUAUCUUAAAGACACUUCUCUCAAUCCUCUCCAUAAUAUUGUGGACCAACAGCAACUUUGAUAUUUCUGAUCUUGAGAUCACAAACACGGCGAGUUGGAUCAACCCAUUUAUAGGGGUUCUCACCAUCAUCUCCCUUUGGUCUGUCGCCAUCAUGUUCAUGAACACAUGCAACACACUGCGUAGCGUCAGGAUCAUACCUAAGUAUGCCAUGUACCAGCUGGUGCUGGUGCUCAGUCAGCUGCAGACGGCCAUUAUUAACGUCCUGACCUUGGAUGGAACCAUUGCCUGCUCCCCGCCCUUCUCCUCUAGAGCCCGUGGCACCAUGUUGAGUCAGCAGCUAAUGAUUGUGGAGAUGUUCAUCAUCACCCUGGUCACCCGGGCAUUGUACCGCCGCACUUAUGACCCACUGCCCUCCGACCCCCACGAGACUGACAACGACCAGAACACCAAUAUCAGCCCACAGGCACCACAGUGGGAGCCUGCUGCCUGAGAGA